UGCCCUGGCAAACGCAGAAAGCUGGACAACGGCAAGAUCAGCUGCUAACAGAUACUUCAGGGAAGAGGUGCCACAAUAGAGAAGUUUCUAGUAAGAAGACAAGCUAUCAGAAGUCAAGAUAAAGAAAGGCUGGAAGACAUAAGAACAUCUGCUUCCUCCUCUUCCUGUUCAUAGUGAGAUCACCGCCAAAAGAGAAACGGUCCAGGACACUAGUCCAAAAAGGAGCCACACCUAUUUAAAACCACCCAACACAUCUGCAUCCUUCCUCUUCGUCUUCUUCUUUCCUCUGCGGCAGCACCCACUGCUUCUCGGCGCUCCCUCUCCGAUCCUCUCUCCUGCUCUCCGUCCCCUCUCAGAUAACACCAUGGACCGCUCGGUGCAGGAGCUGUUCCUCAACUUCACGAUCGUCUUAAUCACUGUGCUGCUGAUGUGGCUGCUGGUGAAAACUUACCAGGACUGAAGCAUGGAGCAACAAGAAAGGAGAUGAACGGGAGGCAGAGGAGAUGGAGAUAUGUGUGGAGGGAAGCCAGCAUGGUUACUGUAGACCUUUGCUGCUGAUUGAUUCUUGUUCAGACACAGUGUUUACAUCUUUUCAUUCUUUUAGUCUAUGGUCACUGGUCUGGUCCAGAGCUCUAGUAUUCCAAUGAGGUCAAACAACCAUGUGAUUGCUAUAGCCAGAUGAGCACAUUGUCAGUCUAGUCUUGGAUGCGUAUUUGUGUUCUGAGAUGUUUUUUGAAUGUGGCCCUGAAUUUCUGACAAGAGACAAAGGGGAAGUCACAGAAGAGAUGGGAGGGUGAAUACAAAUAAAUGAACAGAGGUCUGGGGCUCUACUUUUUCACUGUGGAAACCUUUAAAGUGAGGGCUAGAAAACACUGUAAUGUCACUAUAAACAGUAGCAGAUACAGUUGCCCAUGUCACUGUGUCAUUCAUGUGACCUUUGAUACACUGAAUCAUGCUGUUGUGUCUAUUGUUCUGUUUUUUCGAAGUGAUGAAUGUGUCAAAUGCAGAUACUGUAUUUACUCAUAGAAGAAGACAUCAACCCAAAUAAUGAAGCAUUAUGUUUAUGUUCACUUCUUGCCAUUAAACAGUCUUUCAUUUGUUGGA